AUGCUGGCUGAACUAAUUGAGGAAACGGACCUCAUAAUUUGGGAUGAGGCACCUAUGACACACAAGCAUGCUUUUGAAGCAUUAGACAAGACUUUGAAGGACAUAAUGUCUAUGAAAAAUCCACCCGCAAAGAAUCAGCCUUUUGGCGGCAAAACAGUUAUGUUAGGUGGUGAUUUCAGACAGAUCCUACCGGUCAUUCCACAAGGUAGUAGAGCUGAUAAUGUAUUAGCUUCGAUAAGCCAUUCAUAUCUAUGGAAUAGCUGCCAAAAGUUCUCUUUGAAAACAAAUAUGCGAGUCAAUCAGGAUGAGAAAGAGUUUUCCGAGUGGCUUCUCAAGGUCGGGGAAGGUCGUCUUGAGACAGGACAAGAAUAUGAGGAUGAUGGCUACCAUGAUCAAUUCAUAGAUAUCGAUGAAUCUUUGAUUCGUCAAGGUUUUGUUGACCCAUUGGAAGGAGUUGUUGAUGCCGCAUAUGGGGAAAUCAACAAACCGAUGGAUUCCCAGACUUCCUAUACUGAUAAAGCUAUCCUCACACCCCGUAAUGAAACCGUCGAUGAAAUCAAUGCUUACACCAUCUCACGGACCGACGGGGUAUCAAGAGAUUACUUCAGCUCAGACAGUUUUGAGUUAUCAGAUACUACAUCAGAUCAAAAUGAUACAUUAUACUCUGUUGAGUAUCUCAACUCAUUAGAAUUAUCGGGUUUGCCUUCGCACAAACUAACUCUGAAAGUUGGUGCCCCAGUUAUGCUUCUGCGAAACAUAAAUCAGAAAAAGGGAUUGUGCAAUGGUACAGGAAUGAUCCUAACACAUGUUGGCGAUCGCGUUCUGAAGGCCAAACUAAUCACUGGCUCCCACAUUGGAGAAGAGGUCUUGAUCCCAAGAAUUGUGCUUUUGUAUGAUGAAACAAAGUUACCGUUCACAUUACGUCGGCGGCAAUUUCCUAUCAGAUUGUGCUACGCAAUGACAAUCAACAAAAGCCAAGGCCAGAGUUUAAAAGAAGUCAUUUUAUAUCUUCCUAAACCGGUCUUCUCUCAUGGUCAACUUUAUGUGGCCCUCUCACGUGUCACAAGCAAAGCAGGAUUAAAGAUCAUCAAAACCGAAGAUUCCCAACAUCUGAAAGUGAAGAACAUAGUCUACAAAGAAAUAUUCAAAGGUCUUCCUCCCGCCAAAGGCCAUUUGUUUCUUAUGAACCUCAACAACUUCUGA